UUUUUGAACCAAUACGGUACUUAUUGGACAUAUGGUUCCAUGGGAUUUGAAAGAUGGUUUACCAUCCCGUUGACUUUGAUAUCGAUGACUUCCUCUCAAGAAUUCAGGGCAACAAACCCCCCUUUGUGUGCCCGUCAGAAACAUGCCAGAAAGUUUGCAGAUCAUACAAUUAUAUGCAAAAACAUAUGCUUCUCCAUCGCCCUCCUGCUCCAAUAGAUAUCCCUGGACCACUUGUAAAUGGUGAAGUUUCUAGCAACUUUAAAUGUGCGCCUGCUUUAGAGAAUGGUUCUGAUCAGAUUGGAAAGGCGCAAAUUGUUGUUGGUCAUCCAACCGAAAAUUUAUGUCGACAGCAAAGCAAAACCCCUAUGACUUUUACUGAUGCUCAUACUUCUGUGGUUUUCGAAGCUUCUCCAGCCACCAAAGGUCACACGUUUCGCUGUAACAUAUGCGUCCCUCUUACCAUUUGCUUGCAAAAUAUGUCAAACAAGGUAGAAGACAAAGAUUCGUGCACCUCGGCGCAAGCGUUAUCUAAACCCGAAGGGGUUCCAAUUAACAAAAAGCAGCCAUCUAGUAGAAGUAAAAUGCUUCAUCACAAAAACAAGGGUCGCAUUAAGAAUAACAAAAGUGGUUUGACUGUAGGACAAUUUUCAGAUAAACAACAGUCUGAUUUAUGUGGGAAAGGCUCCCUCCAUACAAAUAGCAUGGAAGUGAACAAUGUUAUCGAGAUACCAAAAGCGGUUUAUUCAAUUGAUCCAGAAUUUUCUAUUCGGAAGUCCGUUCGUUUAAAAGAAGGUUCAAGUUAUAUUCGUUUUAUUGAAAAGACAUCCGAUGAAUUGGAUGAGGUUGUUGAGUAUGAUUUAGAUGAAGAGGAUCUUUUUUGGCUUAAAAGGAUCAAUGCUAAACGCAAUAGUCUAUCUUUACCGCCUGUCUCUGAAUCUACUCUGGAAUGGAUUAUGGACAGAUUUGAAAAAAAGGCCAGAUUCCGAUUGUUUACUUCGAAUGGUUGUGAAACGACAGACGUCUUCCCUGAUAUUGGUGGCAACCAUUCAGGUAUCGAUGAAGAUGCUGUAUGUGCUGUAUGUCAGGACGGGACUUGCGAAAAUACGAAUGUUAUAUUAUUUUGUGAUGUUUGCAACUUAGCCGUACAUCAGGAAUGUUAUGGAGUUCCUUAUGUCCCUGAAGGUCCUUGGCUGUGUCGUAAAUGCCUUCAUUCACCAAGCGAACCAGUUUCAUGUGUCCUUUGUCCGAAUAGAGGCGGUGCUUUCAAAAAAACUACAGACGACCGAUGGGCUCAUGUAAUAUGUGGGUUAUGGGUACCUGAAGUGAUGUUUGCUAAUCUGACAUUCCUUGAACCGCUGGAAGGCAUCGACAGAAUUGCUACAGCCAGAUGGCGUCUUCAGUGUUUCAUUUGUAAACAACGCAAUGUUGGUGCUUGUAUACAGUGUCAUAAAUCUAGUUGUUAUCGAGCGUUUCAUGUGACAUGUGCACAACAUGCUGGAUUGUAUAUGAAAAUUGAGCAUACAGAUAAUCCUGGAGAUCUAGGAAUACGAAAGAGUGCGUUUUGCGAUCAACAUUGUCCACCGGAUCACUUUUCUAGUUCAAAUAAAGGAAUGUACGCUCAUUCUGAUUCGGAUGGUCCUCAAUCUCCUGAGCGAGCAGCUCGAAUUCAUCUCAGGAAAGCUCGUAAAAUUUUAGCCGAACGUAGAAAUUCUAAACCAUCUGUUUGUGUUCCGAUUGUAUCUAAAGCAAAACUAGAUCUUAUUCUAUCCAAAUUAUCUGGUGUAUCAGGGGAUAAAAUGGAGUUUCUAAAGCAAACUUAUGCAUUUUGGAAGCUCAAAAGAGAGUUUAGACGCGGUGUUCCAUUACUUAAACGACUUCAGGCAUGUUCUUUGCACAGAAGUGCUGCUAAUUUUGCUGUGGCGGCUACAACUGGAGAUGCAGAAUCGCAUCGAAUGAGAGCUCAUUUGAAAUUCUGGCAACAACUACGUCAAGAUCUUGAAAGAGGACGACUAUUAUCUGAACUUAUACGUAAACGUGAACGUAUUAAACGUGAUAUAUUUCGUCUAUUUGUGACUGAAAUUGAGUUGAAAAUCAAACCACUUGUUGUAUUUCAGUUACGAUUUAUAGACCAACUUCAAGCUUUAGAUACAAAUCAAUUUUUCGCUGAACCUGUUGAACCAAGUCUAGCACCAGAUUAUUCAUUAAUUAUUAAAAAGCCAAUGGAUUUUUCUACAAUGCGUAAAAAAGUUGAAAAUUUCGAAUAUUGUACUAUAAAUGAAUUAUUAUCAGAUUUUAAUUUAAUGUUAGAAAAUUGUUUUGAAUAUAAUCGUGAAACAAGCGUCUAUUAUACUGCUGCUACGAAACUACGUGAACGAAGUAAACCUAUCAUAUCUGAAGCCUUAACAAUAGCGAAACAAAUCAAUUUCUGCCCUAAAACUGGACUUCUUCUAGAAAAUGUGCAAAUUAAAACAGAAACUAAUGAACAAUCAUCUCAUCAGGAUAAUAUUGAAAAUUCAUCCAAAACGAAUGAAAAUUGUAUACAAUCAGUGAACUCAUUAAAUGCAAGCUAUAAUUAUAGAGAAAAUCCGACGAAUUCUCCAGUAUUACUCCAUUUAUCGACCACACGAAAACCUUCUAAAUGUUCAUUAACAACGAAUGAACAACGAGUUCAUAGUCCUUUAAAAGAAUUGAUUAAUUGUGAUCGAAAUUCAUCGGUCCCUAGUAGUAUACGAAGUCGACUAAGAAGUUUUCAUUCACCAACAAAACCAAAUCAAUCACCUAUUUCUUUCACUACAAAUGGAAAUUUUGAAUUUUCUUCACCAAAUAAUGCUACUACUUCUACUACUACUAUUAAUGGUACUACUACUAAUACAAUAGUGGACUCAUCUGUUUUACCUAGAAAACGCCGUCUUUCAUCAACUAAUGGAGACCGAGAACUUCAUCUUCCUCCUACUUUACACAAUGGAGACUGUCGAAAACCUUCAAAACUAGCUCGACUACAGUCACAUUCUCCUGGAAAUGCAUUUGCCCAAGCCUACACUAAUUCAGCGAAUUGCUUUGAAAACCUCAUCAAAUCGCCUGGGAACAACGAGUCUACCAAUUGUAAAUGGAAUCCUUCUAAUCUUUUAUCAGUUAACGAUUCCAAUUGUUUGCAAAUUCGUCAAGUCGCUCGGUCUACAAAUGAAAUGAAUGGACUAAUAUCUUUAAGUAAUGGACCUGCAUUUACACGUUAUCGAAUCGGUCGUUUAUCACGCGGUGAUGAUGAGGAUGACGAAGAUGAUAGUGAAGAGACAGAUGAAGAUGAAAGUGAUGAUGGAUGUAUUGUUUAUCCGAAUACGAACUCUUCAACUCCUAAUCCUAGUCAUGAUUCUGAUCGUUCUGUCUGUAGACACUACCAACAGCAACGUUCGAAACAAGAUCCUGAAGUUGAGAUUAAUAAAAAAUCCACUAUUGUGGAUAGAACAACUACAUUGAUUGGUACAAGUCGAAUGGCUUUUGCUAAUAAACGUUCUCCUGUCAGUCGCUUAAAAUCCGCUUAUCGGUUCAAGACAAAACAGACUUCUAUUAAUAUUAGAAAAUAUAAACACAAAAGACGGUCAUCAUCACUUAGUAAAUUUGCUGCUAAGAAUAAGCUUCACAAUACUGAACUGAAUAUACCGUCACCGAUAUUGGUUCCUUCCAAUGAUUCUCAUAUGACAUCAGAUUUUGAUACAUUGUUCACAAAGUUUCUACCAAAAACUGGCAUUAUCAAAUCAAAUAAUAUCCGACGAGAUCAUGAUGUUGUGAACAUUAAUUUUGAAUCAGUUAACAGAUCAGAUCAUAUUGACUUACCGUUGAAUAAUGAAUUUGAUACAAAAGCUAACUGCAUAACAGACUCAUUGUCUGUUUCUUCCAAUAUUGAGACAUCUUAUACUAGUAAUUCUAAACCACUCAGAAGUCCCUUAUCUCGUGUCUCUUCUCGAGGUAGUGUCGGAGAGGAUAUAUUUACGGAGCAUCAGUUUAGUCCUUUAGAUAUCGUUUGGGCCAAAUGUUUGGGAUCACCAUGGUACCCAGCAAUAAUUGUAGAUCCAGAUGCUAAUGAGGGUUAUUCUCACAAUGGUGUUCCUAUCCCCCUACCUCCGGAGUCAGUGUUAAAAUGGGGCAAACGAAUAGCCUCUAAUAAAUCCACUGAUGAUUUAGAACUUUUAUUAGUUCUCUUCUUUGAUACAAAGCGUACAUGGCAAUGGCUUAGUCCUCAGAAACUUCAACCUCUUGGAAUUAAUAAAGAACUCGAUUAUGAAAGACUACGAGAAGGAAGGAAAAGUAAAAUGAAGCAUUCGGUAAGUUAAUAGUAGUUGUCAUAAUGUUAAUAAAUUACGAAUAAAUUUCUAGGUUGGUUUACUUAUUUCAAACUGAAAGUAAAGAUUGUCUAAAUAUAUCUACGUUACAUAACAUGGUAAUUUAAUGAUAAACAAAAGAUGCAUAUGUUGUAGCUGGAAAUAAAAAGUAACUUCGCCUGUUUAUUUAUUUAUUUAUUUUAACACAUAGGUAUUGGUUCAAGGAGGCACCAAAUACAUAUGCGCCACACGAAUCUCAAUUGAUUUGUGUGAGGGCUGUGAUACUCCUCGGGUGCCCAAACCGAAGCAGGUGGUUUUCUUAGGGGGCCACACCCUGAGCGUUUGACCUGAAGAUCUGAUCCACAAGGCAGUGGAGCAUCGUGAGGAGAUGCAGUCCCAGGGUAGCCGGUGACCAACGAUUGGUUCAUACGCCAUUUGUUCCUUCAGGAUACUGGAGCCCAUGUGCACCAUUGGUUUGGGGUCCGGUUAAAGCGCCGGACAUUCGCUUUUCGUCCUCUCAAUUUCGUAAACAACACCCCCGCCACGUGAAGGCAGUGAGUAGAACUUCCCUGGCAGGGGCUGUAUACGCGUGGCCAUGUGAGGUCAUUUCGAGAGGGAGAGCGGACUCUCCCCACUCUCGGCCGUACCAGGGCAUCUGUAGUGGAAUCCUAGUCAAUCAGUAAUUUUUGUAGAUGUUCUACAGUUUCACCUGCAUACGGUAAUUAAAAUAGCUUUAAAACAAAAUCGUUUCCUGUUGUAUUGAAUAAAGAUUAUACGAUAAUCUUUUUUGAGGUAGGAAAUACGUUUUACUCAGGGAACAAUUAAAAAACAAAAGUACAAUAACUACUAAUGAGUAUUUCUAAAUCGUAACGCGGAAAUGAGUAUGUAUUAUGUGAUGACUUAUUUUCUUCUAUGAACAUUAUUAUGAAGUUCGACAGGUGAGCCAAUUCUAAUUAAGGGAAAAAGAAGUGUCCACACUGAAAUGUGUGUAGAUUGGGACAAUUUAUUCAUUUAGAUGGUGAUGGUUCAACCUUAUGUGAAAGUCACUGAUCACUUAUUGGAACAAAACAAAGCAACUUCGCCUGUGCUCUUGUGAAUAGUUAUAGACUGUAUUGUUGAAGAGUUGCUUAACAUUUGAUUUCCCAAACUUCUUACUAUCAAAAUAUAGUGUCAUUUCAAAAGCCAUUUAAUCGACUUAUUAAUCAUUAUAGAACUCGGUCAAAUAGUAUAUUACCUUAAUUACCGCAGUUCUAAAUAAUUAUCCACAAAAUAACUGAAAAGUUAGCAGUAGAUAUUACUGUAACUAAUUAAGACAACGGAAUAAUAUUUUCCAAAUAUAUCAUUAUGUUGAUUUAUUAUCUUUUUUAUAGCUUUUAAACAUAAAUUUCUUUUUACCACACUAUAGAUCAGUUCGUAAUAGCUAUUUUUGUGUAGAGUUCACAUUAAAUCCUUUAAUAUUGUUUCGGCAGUGCAUCGUCUUGUGAAAAUUCAUUUCCUCCUCUCGUAUCUUAGCUCUCAGAUUCUGCACAUCAUCACUAUAAUUAACUACAUGGUUCUUCAAACAUUACGAUUCCUUGUAUGAUUACAAACACUUAGCUACUUGGUUGGGACAGAUUGAGCUAGUUUUUAUAGUAUGUUCGUUGUUUAGAAGAUCUGAUCUAGUGAAGUAUGUUUACUUACUUUUAUUAAUUUAAGGUAUAUAUAGGUGAGAUUUAUCACGCUGGUACAAUGUUUCGGAUGUUAUCGUAAAUGUCUAUCAGCGGCUGACUAAUAAUCUUGUGAUCAAUACUGCAUAUAACUACAACACUACUUUGAAUUGAGAAAUCUUUCGUCAUAGGUUGCACUUUAUUUAUUCAAGAGUUAUUUUCACUGAAUUCGUAAUAAUUUCAUAUUAUGCAUGAACACUCCCCCCUACUUAUAUAUUGUUGAAAUUGCAUAUAUUGGGCUCAUACGGACAAAGAAUACAGAUGAUAGCAAGAGAGUAGGACCCAAACGGGGUAUUUUGUUUGCCAUGUUGAACCGAUACACACUCAUGAUAUUGAUUCCAAUGUGUUCCACUAGUUCCAAGCACCUCCAGGUUGCAUCUAUUCAUUUCUGCAACAAUUUGGACUACUCCCCCGGUCUCACACGUUGUACGAGCAUUCUAUGUACCUAAAUUAAUGGUUGCUCUGGUUGUCAGAAGGAGCAUCAGCCUCGUGACUACCGGAGGAACUCGGCUUUCACCAUGGUGUCAUAACUCUUCUAAAUGAAAACCUGCUAAAUCCCAGGGUGGAGUUUAAAUUGUUUGAAUUAUUUUUUCUGCUUAGCGUUUUUUUUAGCGAGUUAGUUUCCUACGGGAUACGUUAUGCGUUAAUUAGAAAAGACUGCUAUUUAGAUUACAAAACCUAAUGUUAUUGUUUGGAUUUCACUUUUUUCAAAUACUAUAUAACUUUAAUUCGCACAUAUUUACCAGGUAACGAAAGCUUAUCGUCGAGCUGUAGAACAUAUAUGUAAGGUUCACGGAAGACCAUAUCCUUAUACAGAUGGGAAGUCGACAGACAUCGCUGUUUUUACCUUGUAAAAUAUCAUGACUUCUUUUGUACAAAGUAUAUUUUUCAAUUUAAUGCAUUCACGAUUAACUCGUAUAAAUUCCCAUAUACUAAAUAUUAUCAUCCGUUAUGCUAUAUAAAUUACUGAUGAUUUCUUCGCCCAAUUGUAUCAUAUUUAUUAUCCCAAAGAUGUUAGUAAAAUGUAAUGUCCAUGUGAAAUGUCUAUUAAUUUCUACUAACGUUUCAAACAAGUUUUUUUAUCUUUUGUUUCACCAGUUUUUGUUCCACGUUGAGUGUAAAUAAAUUUUCAACGUAUCUUUUUUUGAUAAUGGUGUGGGAAACGGAUUCAUAUUCAUUCUGUCUAAUGAAAGCUUCAUACAGAUAUUUAGAAUAUUUAGCCUAAUGAUUGUUUUGUAAAUUCCUUGACUUUAAAAAGUAUUGCGCUCAUCUAGUGGGA